AUGGCAGACACAACUGCAGAUGCACCUCUCACCUCAUCUACCCCGGAUCUUGACGAGUCUGCAAAUAUGACUGAUGCAAACCUGUCUGCUACUGAGUCAGGUCGAGAGACGGAUACCAGCGUCGUAUCCGGCUCGUCUGGCAAGACUACCACUAAUAAACGGCCCACUAGCGGCGCGCCUAAGCGGCCACCCGCUGGAACGUUGGCAAAGAAGCCUUCAACCAUCGGAGCUUCUUCUAAAACUACUGCUACCACUGGAUCUAGCUCUAGUGGCUUGUCGAAACCUCCGACACGUGCUGGGACAUCUCUUACCGGUGCGAAGAAACCGCUGUCUGGUUCUACUCCGGGGACGACUUCAUCAUCGCGAACGAGCACUGCUGCUCCGAUAGGUUCAUCUGCUACUGCGAAGCGUACUGUUGGGUCUACGGUCGGUACGAGUUCAACACGUGCUGGAGCUGCCUCUGGACCACCUGCUCCUUCCACUACUACUACACGUCCAAGUUCAUCUCGACCAGGCACGUCAUCUGCCGAUGCCACCGCUACUAGCCGACGAACAUCCUCCGUUAGUGUUACCCCUGCUGCAGGAGGACCAUUGGCCAGAAAGUCCUCCAUCGCAACGUUGAAUUCUAGUCCAUCAUCAGCGGCCCCGCGAACAAGGCCCACUUCUACCAGCUCCGCUGCUGCUCCUUCAGUCACGUCGGCAAGCCGUCGUGUUUCCGCUGCCACUGGUACUCCUACAAAACCUGCUUCCAAAUCUCGCUUAGAUCCAAUCCCGGCUACCCCUGCAUCCACCUCCAGACUCAGCCCGAAACCCGAGGGACCAGCUGCUAAUGGUGUUGAUUACACCACACUCCUCAAGGAGAAAGAUGAGGAAAUUGAGAAGCUUCAGACGACCAUUUCUGAGUUGGAAAAUGAAAAGGAGCGGCUAACCAGCGAAAUUGAAACUGCUGGCAAGCAAAAAGACGAGAUUAUUGCCAAGAUAGAAGAGGAGAAAGCUAAAAUCGAGGAGGAAAAGACAAAACUCGAAUCCGAAGUUGUCACAAUCAAGCAAGAAAAGGCAGAACUUGAAUCUAAGGAUACUAGUAGUACAGAAGCUAGUGACGGUAGGGUCAAGGAGUUAACAGCUCGAUUAGAAGAAUCCGAAAAAGCCAAUGGGGAGCUGCGGAAGGAACUUGACGAGGUCAAUGAAAGGCUGGCCACCGCUGAAGCCGAAGCCGCGAAAAUAAGAGCCGAAUGGGAAAUUAAGGUGAAGGAUGCCGGCGUAGCACACCAACAAGAGCUCAACAACUCGAAAAUUCGGGAAGAUGGUUUCAAGAGUGAGAGGGAUGCGUACGCCAAAGAGAGAAAUGAUCUAUCCAAGAAACUCAGUGCUGCAACCGAGGAUCUGGCAACCGCGAAGAGUGAAUUGGAAGCUGUCAAGGCAAAGCACGAGGAAGAAAAGGCUGAACUCGGCGAGAAUCAUUCGAGGGCUUUGACGGAACUGGCUGCAUCGGAGGGUAGUGGUAAGGAGCAACUACUCGAGCUCCAGAAGAAGAUUCAGGAUACUGAGGCCCAGAAACUCGAGGCCCAAUCAAAACUUGAAGCAAUCGAAGCCACAGUUGAGUCCCUUAAAGGCGCGCUUGCAGUGGCAGAAACCAAGCACCAAGAAGCUACCACAGCUCAUGAGAAAGCUUUAGCCGACAUCGAGGCCAAAGAAAAGGCCUUGGCUGAUCUCGAAGCAAGAGAAAAGAAUUCAGAGAACGAGGUUCAAAAACUGAUAGAAGAGGUCUCGAAGCUUGAUUCUAAGCUAGAGGCGGAGAGGGCUAUUUCGAAAGAGAGUCAGGAAGCCGCCGAAAAACUGAAAUCGACCAUUGUAGAACUCGAAAGUACUGCUUCACAAUCGAAGGGCGACUUGGAAACCCGACAAUCUGAGAUUUCCGACCUUAAGUCAGCGCACGAAGCUGAACUGAGCCAACACCUUGCCGCCCAUACAGAAGAGAAGCGUGCUCUUGCUGAGAAGAGUGAAGCCCAGUCGGAAGAACUCGAGACCAUUCGCGCACAAAUCGAAAGUCUUAAGACUACGCAUGCUAGCGAACUUGACGCUACGAAGAAGAAGAUCGAAAAUUUGGAGGCAGAACAUGGUACAAAAGUUGAAUCCCUUGUUGCCGAGCAUGAGGAAAAGCAGAAGGCCCAAGCGACUGAAUUGAAGUCUCUUCAGGAUAAGUCAGAGGCGGCUGCCGGUGAUCGCAAGGCCUUGGAGGAGCUUGUAAAUCAAAAUCAAGAGCUACAGACGACCCUCGAGGAGGUCAAGCAAAAGGGUGCCGAUGAAGUUGACGCGUUGAAGAAGACCAUCGAGGUUUUGACUCAGGGCGAAGCAGAUACCAUGACCAAUUAUAACCAGGAGCGUGACAAGCUGAAUGCUGAAAUCGAAGAUGUUCGGACUGCUUUGGCCGAAAGAAUCAAGGAGAUCGAUGAUCUCACCGCUGCUCAUGCGAAGGCUCUGAAUGAAACUCGGGGCGAACACGAAAAUAAAUCGAAUAGAUUUAGCCAGGUUCUCGCAGACAAAGAGUCUUUGCUUGCCGACAGGGAGUCAUUGGUUGCUAAGUUGGAAAGCACCAACGAUGAACUUGAAAAGCGACUCGAAGAUAGCAAGAAUGCAUUUGCACAACACUCCGAGGAGACAAUUGCAGUACAAAGCAAGCAUACGGAAGAAAUUGCGAAGUUAACCGCAGAGCAUCAAGAAAUACUCUCAGCAAAGGAAGAUGAGCACAAGGCAGCCAUUGAAGGCUUGACGGCGGAGCUUGAGAAGGAGUCGAUUGCCCGAGAGGCAGCAGAGAAAUCGUUCAGAGAUCUCCAAGAACAGCCAGCUGAUACUUCUGAGUUGGACGCCUUGACUUCUAAGUACAACGCAGAGAAGACAGCAUUGACCGCAGAAGUUGAAAAACAGACGAAAGCGGUUGAAUCUUUGAAUGCCUUGGUAGCAGAACUCCAGAAAGCAGUUGAGACCUCCAAAUCUGAACUCGAAGCCGCUAAAAAAUCCGAAUCCGAAUCUGCCGCUAGCUUAGUGGCGACAAGGAAGCAGCUCGACAAGGCCGCAGAAGCAAAUGCUUUCGAUAUGCAGGAGAUGUCAAAUGUGUAUAAAGAACAAGUUCGAGGAUUGGUAGAUGAUGCGGCGGCAUUCGAAACCAGAGCUAAGGAGGCCGAGAAAGCCCUUGCCGCUUCUCGUGCUGCUGCGGAGUCUCACGAGGCUACCAUUGCUACCUUGACCCAGAGGCUAGAAUCAGCCGCUACAUCCUCUGUCAACAAUACGAAGGACAGGACGGACCUAGGAAAUCAAGUCAACAGCUUGCACGAGGUGAUCAGCAAGUUGGAGAUUGCGCUUGCGGAAUCGAAAGCUGGGCGUAGCCGAGCGUUGAGUGAUGCAGAGGCGUAUAAAGAGCGAUGCAACAUGAUGGAAGAAAUACUGCGUCACAACGAAGCAAAUGAUCGAGAGGUGAGCAGAAAAGGCGAAGAGGAUGAUAACAAAGAAGAUGAGUCAUUGACUGGACAUGUCAGUACCCCCCGGUCCUAA